CUCCUCCUCUCCCUGGUUCUCUCCCGUUGCGGCGCGCGAGCGAGUCGGGCCGCGGCGUUCCCCCCCCCUGUAGGGUUUCGCAAGAACGCCUCUUUCCCGUGCCUCUCCGCAUCUUCUCCUUGAUGGGUCUCUGAGGUUUGUCCGGGGGGGUGGUUUCGGUUCCUUUUGGUUUCCCGUCGGCGGCAUGUUUACUCCCCAGAGAAAGGCGUACCCGGCGCUCUCCCUGACGCCGCGGACCGAGGCCGCGAGGGGCGGCGGCGGCAAGGGGAAGGCGGUGGCUUCCCUCGACGGGCCGCCGCCGGGGCCGCCGCCGCCGGUGGCCUCGCUGGGUGGGAAUGGGAUGGGGAAUGCUGGGUUGGAGGAUAUGGAGGACUGGAGGCGGUUUAGGGAGGCGGGUCUGUUGGACGAGGCGGAGAUGGACAGGAAGGACCGCCAGGCGAUCGCCGAGAAGGUCACCAAGCUCGAAAAGGAGCUAUUUGAUUAUCAGUAUAAUAUGGGGCUGCUUCUGAUCGAGAAAAACGAGUGGAAUCUGAAGUUUGAAGAGUUAGGUCAAGCAUUAUCAGAAGCACAACAGCUCCUCAAACGAGAACAGUCUGCACAUCUGAUUGCAAUGUCUGAAGCUGAGAAGAAAGAGGAAAAUCUGAGGAAAGCCUUGGCUUUUGAAAGGCAGUGCAUAGCAGAUCUCGAGAAGGCUCUGCAUGAAAUACAUAAUGAGCAGGACCGAAUAAAGCUUGAUUCUGAGAAGAAGUUGGCUCAAGCGAGUGCUUUGACUACUGGAAUUGAGGAUAGAUCCUCGGAGGUGAAAGAGAAGCUGCAUGACGUUGAUGCCAAGCUUGCAGAGGUUAGCAGAAAAAGUUCACAAUUGGACUUGAAGAUGCAAGAGAUGGAGGCACGCGAAAGUGUACUUCAAAGGGAGCGUUUGUCUUUGAAAACUGAGCAAGAAGCACACAAGGCCACAUUUUAUAAACAGAGAGAAGAUUUACGAGAGUGGGAAAAAAAGUUGCAGGAAAGGGAAAAGAAGCUGUGUGAGGAUAGGAGAAUCCUUAACGAGAAGGAGGAAAAGGGCAAUGAAAUUGACCAACUUCUUAGGCAGAAGGAGAGGGAUAUUGAAGAAGCUUAUAGAAACAUGGAGUCAUCCAAAUCAAUGUUGUCUGAGAAAGAGAAACAUAUAAAUCAAAGUUUAGUGGACUUGGCUGCAAAAGAAAAGGAAGUACAGUCAGAAGAUAGCAUUAUAAGAUCAAAAGAGGAAAGGCUACUUGCAUUGGAGAACAAGCUGAAUCUGAGAGAAAGUGUGGAGAUCCAGAAACUUGUUGAUGAGCAAAAGGCUACCUUGGAUGGUAAAAUGCUCAGCUUUGAGACUGAAAUGGAAGAGAGGAGGAAAUCUUUUGACAAGGAAUUCAAAAUCAAGAUAGAAGAAAUUGAGCGGAAGGAAGUUGAAAUAAACCACAAAGAACAGAAGCUGGGGAAGCGAGAGUCUGCUUUGGAUGCAAAGACAGAGAGAUUUAAGGAGAAAGAUAAGGAACUUGAGUCAAUGUUGAAAAUAUUGAAAGAAAAGGAGAAGUCGAUGAAAGCUGAGGAGAAGAAAUUGGAGGUGGAGAAGAAACAGUUAUCUGCUGAGAAAGAGGCCUUAGAGAAUCUUAAAGAUGAAAUCGAGAAAAUAAAAGCAGAUAUUGCUGAAAAGAAGCUGGAGAUAAAAGAGGAGAGUGAAAACCUUAGAUUAAAUGAUGACGAGAGGUCGGAACAUCUCCGCUUGCAAGCAGAAUUGAAGAUGGAGAUAGAAAAGUGCCGAUCUCAGCAGGAAUCGCUUCUUAGAGAAAGUGAAGAGCUGAAAGAAGAAAGAGAGAAAUUUGAGAAAGAGUGGGAAGCCUUGGAUGUGAAAAGAGCUGCAGUUAUUGAAGAGCAAAGAAAGUUUCUGGAACAGAAAGAGAAGUCAGGAAAAUGGCAGUCUUCUGAACAAGAAAGGUUGAAAAGGGAGAAACAUGAAAUGGAGGAGUAUAUUCAGAGGGAGUUGGAAGCGAUAAAACUGGAGAAAGAAUCAUUUGCUGCCAAGAUGAAACACGAGGAAUCUGAUUUAUCUGAAAAAAUUCAGAAUGAGCGCAAUCAAAUGCUCCGGGAGUUUGAGUUGAUGAAAGCGGAUCUUGAAACUAGUCUUCAAAAGCGGCAGGAGGAGACAGAGAAAAAGGCGGUUCUUUUGGAGGAACAAUUUCAGCUAGAGAAGGAGAAGGAGCUUAAAAACAUAAAUGAGUUGAAAGAAAUUGCUCUGAGAGAAAUGGAUGAAAUAAGGUCUGAGAAGCACAGGAUAGAGAAAGACAAACAGGCACUUGUGUUGAAUAAGAAACAGAUGGAUGAAGAUCAGAUUAAAGUGCGUGAAGACAUUGAUCAGCUAUUUCUUCUCAGCCAGAAGCUGAAGGAUCAAAGGGAAGAGUUAAUUAAGGAAAGAAGCCGCUUCCUUGCGUUUGUUGAGAAGUUCAAGAGUUGCGAGAAAUGUGGAGAUGAAGCUAGAGAAUUUACACUCUCUGAUCUACAGUUACCUCAAAUGGGGGAUAAAGAGAUUCUCCCGCUGCCUAGGCUGGUGGAAGAGUUGUCAAAGAAGCCUUGUAGUAGGAUGAGCCCUUUUGGUAGAUCACUCUUGGAAAAGUCUCCGGAUGAACUUGGUUUGGUUCAUUCAGAUUCUGGAAGCCAUAUGUCUUGGCUGCGUAAGUGCACAUCCAAAAUCUUCAACCUAUCUCCCAGUAAAAAAAUUGAGGUUGAUCCUGCUUCUCCACAGUCCCAUAAAAAUUUUAACCUGGAAGAGAACCUUGGAAGGUUGAGUAUGGCUGGAAACGAGGAAAAAAACAAAUGGCAUGGCACUAUUGAAGAUGAAGCAGAAACAUCAUCGGGAAAAGUUGAGGCAGCAACUUUCAACCAGGAAUUUAAGUCUGUUGACAUCAUUAAAGAAAUUGAUGGUGGGCAUGCGCCAUCUCUUGAUGACAGUAGCCAUCUGCAUGAUCAGAUGCCUGAUCUGCCAGAAGAUUCUCAGCAUUCUGAGGUGAAAAAGAGUCGACGAAAAGGCGGGAAGAGAAACAAUGGAAUUCACAGGACAAGAUCAGUGAAGGCAGUGGUUGAAGAUGCCAAGGCUUUUCUAGGCGAUGGGUCAAAGGACACGCUGCUUAAUGAAACGAGCAAGGUAGACCAGGCUGAUUUGGUUCAUAAGGGGAAAGCAGUAAGUAAUGUUCCGAGGAAGCGGCAACAUGCAGAAAGCUCUCAAAUAACAGAAAGUGAGCAGGAUGGGGGUGAUAGUGAAGGACCCUCCAAUAGUGUUACGGCUGGUGGGCGUAAGAAGAGACGACAAACUGUCCACGCGCCAGCAGUGCAGACUCCUGGGCAAAAGCGAUACAAUCUCAGACGACAGAAAAUUGCAGGCAAUGUGGCAGUGGAGGAAGCCUCAGUUGACUUAAAUCAAAAUGGAAAAGUAGAAGCUGCCAGUGGAGGGGAAGAAGGAAUCACUGGAGAAGAUAAUAACGUGCCAUCACAAAACAGUGAUGAACGUCAUAAUCAAAUGCACUUGACACAGGCCGCAAGUUUGAGGAUCGUGGAGUUAUCACAGCAGAAGGUUGUCAGGUUUACGGCAGUAAAUGUUGUUGAUGACAAUGUAAAUUCAGCCAAGCCAGAUGAAAAUGAAGAAACGGUUGGUUCGGAGGAAUUGUCUGGUGAAGAUGAGAAUGGGAGUGCACUUAAUGAGGCUGAAGAUGAUUACGAUGAUGAGUUGGAGCAUCCUGGUGCAGCGUCUGUAGGAAAGAAGAUCUGGAACUUUUUCACUACAUAACUGCCGAAUUUGCAGGAGCUUUGCCUCAAGUGCUCCCUCUAUUGACAUGCAGCUUGAACAGCAGGAAUUGGCUGGUCAAAAUUGUAAAAUCGUAGAUUAAAUUCUUUACCACAAUAGGGACUGAGCAUCUUCUUUUCGUUCUACCCUGUAUCUUUCAUGAGUGUAGGAGGCAUAUAGGUGCUUUGGAGUAGUUUUUGUCCGUUCCUUUUCUCCCAAGUUCUUAGGUACAUAAUUGUUGCCGGUCGGCACACCUAGAUGAUAUUAUGAAUUUAUCGAUGGCAAAUAACUCAAAUUUGUGGAGUGACGAAGUUGUGGCAUGAUUGAA